AUGGCGGUAAUUGCAGUUAAUAAACGUCAAUAUGAUGAGAUGGAACCUUAUCGAAACAGUAAUAAAGUUUGGAAACUUCAAAGCAAUCACGAUACGCAGACAUUAGACAGCGUCGCUGAAGCUCGUGAAUAUCUUGAUCAAGCUGGUCUUGAUUGGAAUAUUUUAGCUAAAGAAGGAGGCACAGAUUUCAUUCAACGUUUAAAAAGCAAAUGUACCUUUGGUCGUGGCGGCGGAGCUGAUUAUUUUACGGACAACUCACGCGAUACAUCCAUCUAUAUCUAUGUAUAUGUUCAAAAUUCGAAAAAUGAAAUUAUAGUCACAUUUUCGUAUCACAGUUUAACAACAGAUGGUUUACAUGGUGGUCAGGCAAUCGAAUGGUUGAAAUUGAAAGCUGGUCAAAAUUUGAAAGCCAUGUUGCCAAAAGGCACUUUUGAUUACAAUUUCAGCUAA